AUGACCUAUCCGGGAAGGAGAUCCGCCGACGCGCCGGCGAACUCGACAGGACUGGACCGCAUCGUCGGAGGCAGGUACGUGCCCAGCGAGAAGAAAUAUCCCUGGAUGGUGUGGAUCCGGCCGAAUCCAACGGGGCUGUUCAUGUUGUGCGGUGGGUCACUCAUCAACGAUCGAUACGUCCUGACGGCCGCCCAGUGCGUCUAUGAGAACUCCUCGGCCACCUACUAUGUGGUCCUGGGAGAUUUGCAUCGAUAUAUAACGUCGGAAAGCGUAUCGAUACAGAUCCCAGCUCGGGCCAUCCCGCAUCCGCAAUUCCUGAUAAAUAAAACCGGAUCGAACCUGACGGCGAUCGACCACGACAUCGCCUUGUUGAAGCUGGAGACACCGGUGGACUUCCAAGCCUACCCGCACAUUCGGCCGAUCUGCCUCCCCGCCCCCGUCUCGUUCAGCACUGGGACGCCGAUGACAGUCGCCGGAUGGGGCGGGACGAAUUGGCGAUGUAGGGAGUUUGAGGACGGGGGGGAUUGCAAUUCACUGAACGGCAUCCGCGCACUAAAAUUGAUAGAGGCGACUAUUGAGGUCGCGAGCGAUUCUGUUUGCCAGAAGAACUACGGACCCCUAUUCACGAAAAACUUCAUCUGCGCGCAGAAGGCAGGAAAAGAUAUCUGCCACGUAAGCCUCGAGACAAGGGCCGAGAGAAAGAACGAUGGAGGGGAUUUCGGUGGACCGUUGAUGUUCAGAACUCCAGGAUCGUAUUACUUGAACGUCGGCAUCAGCUCCUUCAUGAAAGGAUGCGACCCACAGUACGGCGCUGCAUUCGCGGCAACGGGAAGUGAGUGUUCCUAA